AUGGAUCAUACUGGGUGUGGCCAGACCACUGACGCAUCAUCGCAGAGAUCAUCGCUAGUCGACCUCGUCUCAAUACUCCGAGAGGUGUUCGCCAAGGAGCCGCCCGUCCAGUAUAAGCAGCAACAGCAGAUACCCCAGCGACCUCAACAGCCACAACAAGUGCAAGCGCCGCCGCCUCGUCCUCCUCUUCCUCCAGAGCUUGGACCUCCAGCACAUGCGUCUCCGACGACGCCGAGCGUACCUUCACCCCAGCCAGCAGCUCAGGCACCUCCUCCGCCUCCCCCGAAACCGGGCCAAGUAGUCAGUCCCGAGCAGCAGCAGCGAAGCACCCCCACAUGGCAGAAAAACACCCCUCCCCCGAUCCCUCCACUUCCACCAAAGGAGCAGGAUCUCCGAAGAAUAUCGGUUCAUCAGCAUGCGGGUGUUGGCAGUCCCGGGAGUGGCCAUCCGCAGUAUGUUCCUGAGCGAGGUGGAGCACCAGAAGGACCGGCGAGUCCAUAUCAUUAUCAUCCUCAACACCAGGCUCCCGUGACGCAGCCAAUGCCGGCGCAUACGCAAGGUCCAGCUCAUCCUCCACUUGGCAAUGGUAUGGCCGCACAUCCUCUAUCUCAGAGUUUGCCACCUAGAGCGCAUCCGCAACCGCCGCAUAUCCCACCUCAGCAGGCUUCGCCUCAUCAUGCGACAUAUCAACAGGCAGGCGCACAGUAUCAGCAUCCACUGCCGCAUCCAGCUGCUGCGCAUCCUUCCCCUCGCGCGCUCCACCAUACCAUCCCCGUUCCGCAACCUGCAGCGCAGCCGAAAAAAGAAACCCCCGACCUCCUUACUUCACCCUUCGAACUCGAACUCCCCUCGAUUGCGCCCACCGGCCCGGCGCCCCCGAUCCCUCCGAAUCCCGAAAAAGACGCUCUCCUCCAAGCCGUGUCCAAGACUCUAGCCGAAACCCUCCAGACCAAUGUCGCCCAGUCCGAAACCGCCGCUCACUCCCUUCUUUCGCAAUCGCAAUCCCUGCAUGCCGCCGUCGCCACCCUGCAAGGCGAGAUCUCCUCGCUGAACAAGUUCAACGCAACCUUGCAGUCCAACUCCUCCGUCCUGCAGCAGUCUCUCCACCGAGCCGACGCCGUCAUCGCCGACGCCCAGACCCGUAUCUCCUCGUCCACCGCGCCGGCGCAAUCCAGCUCCGACCCCACCCCCUCCGGACUCCCUCCCAUCGACGAAGUCCUCGUCGCCCCUACCGUCGUCGGCAAACAACUCUACGACCUCGUCGCCGAAGAGCGCGGCAUCCAACAGGCCAUCUACGCUCUCCAAUCCGCCCUCGUAAAGGGCGUCAUCGGCGUGGAGACUUGGUCGCGACAUACGCGCGGUCUCGCGCGCGAAGCGUUCUUGAAACGCGCCUUGAUUCGGAAAAUCGGUAAUGGUAUGGGUCUGGAAGAUCAUCCUCACCCUUAG